UGCUGCGUCCUGCACUCACUCGCUUCACCGCUCCAACCAAGAGCCUCUCCGGCGAAACAGUGCGCACCGAACAACUCAUCCUCGCGGAGUUGGAGGGCCACAGUUGGAGCAGAGAAACCCCGGAGAACAAAGAGCCGAGAUGUCUUCCUACGUCUACUCCGAAUGCCGCCGGGUCAGCCCGUCUGUCCACGGCAACAAGUUUGACACGGCGCACCGCAAGAAGGCCGUGGGCAACAUCUUCGAGAACGUCAACCAGGACGCCCUGAUGAAACUCUUCCAGAAAACGGGCGACAUGAAGGCGGAGGAGAGGGUGAGGAGCAUCUUCUCCUACACGCAGGACCCGGAGGAGACGGCCCGAGCCCUGAUGGCUCUGAAGCAGAGAAAGAAGGACAAGUUCCUCCAGAUCGCGGGGAUGGUCCGACAUCUGCUGAAACUGCGUUGACUCUGUUUUUACCAGUCUUUAAUCGACUGUGUCUCUGUCGGCUCAUGUGCGAGCUGAAUCUGAAAACGCUCCCAGUGUGACUGGGGUUGCCGCCUGUCGCCUGGAAAGGCGCGUCGGGUGCGGAGGAGAAAGAGCAGCCCCGCCGCCCGGAGGACAUCACUCACGCAGCAGCUGUCGCCUCAUGGACGGAGGCGACGGCGGAGAGUCCUGCCCGGAGCAGGAAGAGGGGGAUGAUGUGAUUGGAAAUAAGAAGGGAAUACGCGACUUCCCUCGAGACUUGAACUCACUAAAGCAUUCUUGUGGAUGCGUGACUGUGAAGCAGCCCCCAGUACAGGUGCACAUCACUGUGUUGAUGCUGCAGAGCUGCAACAUGAGACUUUUCAGUGCCGAAGAAACCUGCCUACACGAAUGCCUGUCCUGAACACAUGCCUUGCCUUUCAUUUUGUCAUAUGAACGCUGCUCAUUAGUGGCCACUAAUGUGUUAUUGUUACCAAAUUCCAAAAGCACAACGAUCUGCAUUUAUGAAACGUUCCUUGUUUGUCAUUUUUUAAAAAUAAAUUAUUUAAUUAUA